GGUAGUCUGUAAAUAGGUCUGAAGCAUAAGCCUUGCCUCUCAUGUUAGUUGGACCACCAUCAAUUUAAAUUUGAGUGUAAAAGACUAUUUUGGGGCAACAGGUCCAACUUGAAACAAUUCAGUAUCUAGUUUUUGUUUCUGUAAACGGUUCUUGAUAAAUGAUCAUGUGGAUUCUGAUAUCAUAUCUGCAAACAUAUGCUACCAGCUGUCAUGUGUAAUCCAAAUGAUAAAAUUCAAUUGUCCCUUUACUGUUUAUGAACUUCAUUGGGUGGCUGUUUGGAGAUAAUCGGUCAAUAGGAGCAUUAUGCCCAAUGUUCUGCCUUUAGACAUCAAGGGUACAUGAUAAAAUGGACAUUGAUAAUAUCUAUAAUUUCAGAAUAUAAUUUCAUGGUUUAUUGGUCUGCCUUCUCUAUAUUUACACACCGAAAGCAUAACUCACUGAUUAUUGAAACUGGGAGAAGGUGGUUUUAUAGUGAUUAACUAACCCCUGUAACAGGAAGGUGCGUGUGGUUAGUGUGAGUCAGAUGUCUUAGUCCAGGGGAUUUGAAGAAUUGGUCAGUGUUCUUUUUCCAUAUUGGGAAGUAAAAGGAUCCUGAACCAGGAACACAUUGGUAGUGGUACAUGUGCCCUCUCAAGACUUAUGUGAUAUUCAACCCUUAGUUCGUGAUAAAGAUUGCUGUGGAAAAUUGAAUGUGUAUAGGGUCUAUUGAUGCUGGAGGACUGGGUCAUUUAACUGUGUCAACAUCUCAUGUGAUCUAACUUAAAAGCUGCUGACAAGAGAUAAUGGGACAUUCCUUAUACUACCUGGGAUAUAAGACACAUUAAGGCGGACAGUUUUUGGUGCUUAUGGCCAUAACACUGCUGCAUGACUUACCACAGCCACACUUGACCAACUUUCCUAUGCAAAUUUAAGUGGGAAGUUGUUGAAACAGGAUUUUGGAAGUUUAUACUGUAGGAAGGUUUUAAUUAUUGCCAUGCUGGCACUCUUAUUUUUAAAGGAGGCACUUACAAGAGAUUUGUUUUGUUUUUGUUUGUUAUGAGUCAAGAACAUAGAACUCAGAAGAGGACUGGACUGAAAACUGAAGUCUUCAUUUGGUUUUGAAAAUUCCAAGUCUGUUCAGUUAAAGUUAAAAAAGGUUUUUUCACAAUGUAUGACUGUAUCUUUGAUCCUCGCUACCCUGAAAACAUUGACCAGUUUGGGUAUGUCAGCAGUCUUUACAGCCAGACGUCUAUGAGAAAGAAAACAACAAGUUAUACUGAAGAAUACAAAAAAGAUAUUGGUUUUAAACUUCAGGAUAUGGAUCUCAUAGACAUACUGUGGCGGCAGGACCUGGACAUGGGAGUUGCCAGAGAGAUGUUUGAUCCUAACCAGAGACUGGAACUAGAGAAAGAAAGGGAAGUGGAACUACAGAAGCAGCAACAAAAGGAACGAGAACUAGAUGAGGAGACAGUGAAGCAAGAAAAAGAGGAGAAAGAUGCUUGGGAAGAUCUCACAAAUUAUAUCAUUGAUGGAGAAACAGGGGAGUUAUUGCCUCUGCCCCCUGCAGAGCAGACUGAAAGUUCUGGACCUAGCACCACAGAAACACAGACCAAUGAAAACACUACUGAGACUCCUCUCUUCCUGGAGGAUGCCAUGAGUUUGCUUCAAAAUGAUGGGACUAAUAACUUGUCCAUGAACAGCUGGAUGGAAAACAGUACCAUUCAAGAUGAACUGGAAAAAGUCAUUCUAGAAAAACAACCGGUAUGUUUUCAAAAUGAUAGCUCGAACACAACAGGAUUAUUUCAUGCAUGUUUUAAAAAACUGAAAUGAAAUUGUUUUAGAGGG